AUGAGAACUUAAAAUCAUCCUCUAAUACACAAUCCAACUUUACCUACAGUUUCUAAUUAAGAAGAUUCAUUCUAUGAGAAUAAUUUAUAUUAUUUAAAUAGAGCAUCUUAAGAGAGAGUUUAUUAACCUUUUACAUAGAGAAUAAAUGAUAAAACAAAAAAUUAGUAAAGAAACAAAUAUCUUGAUCCUGAGAAUAAAAAAAUGGAAUUUUUUGAAUAGUUAUAAAAACAUCAAUUAUAUUAAGCAAAACUUGAUAAAACUGUCCAAUACUAUUCAUCUUAAAAGAAAGACUCAUUUUAAUAAUCAGUUAAUUCAAGUAAAGGAUAAUUCAAAAUUGCAAGUUUAAAAGUUUCUGAAAGAAAUAGGAAUUUGAGUGAACGAACUGAUUAUAUACAUCAAUAAGUUAAGGAACACAAUAUAAUUGAUGAUAUAGUAUAAAAUUAAGAUCUAAUUACAAAAUAAAAGGGUUUAUUAGAAAAAGUCUAGGAUCUAAAGAAAUUAAAAUUAUUAAAGUAAUACAAAUUCAAUCAGUAUUAUAAAAUAAUUAUUUUUUUAGUUAUUGUUUACCAGGAGUAGGUAAAUCUCCAUAUGUAUUUAAUGAUACUCAUUCGAAAUGUACAAAUCCAGGUUAUUCAAGAAAUAUUGAAGGUGGAAAGUUUUUCACUAGAUGA